GAAUCAAACCCAACAUAGCCUCGGCAGCCGCGCUAGCGGCGCGGUGCCUAUCUCGGCUGAGUCAUCGUGGUGAGCGGCGCGGCGGAGCGCGGUGUGGCGAGGGGGGCGACGGAGCGAGAGGGGCGACGGAGCGAGAGGGGCGACGGAGCGAGUGGGGCAUAAAAGGUCUUGCGCAGCGAGAGGGGCAUAGAACAUCUUGCGCUCUCGGACUCCACCGGACGACGGUCGACACUCGUUAAUUUAAAUUCAUUUUGUUUGUCCGGGAUUAUCCAAACUUGUAAUUGGGAAGCGAAUAAACCGCGCCUAUCAACAGCAUACAGUCCACUUAUUUAACAUCCCGUAGUGGUGCGAACAUGGUCCUUUGUGGAACUCGCCAGCCUAGUUACGAGGUUUGAAGAAUUCGGGAUCAUCUUACUACUUCGGUCUCGAAGCCCUUUUCAUCUGCGGUCUUCAGCAGCGACAGUUCCUGCAGGAGUCAUCAAUAUCCUGACGAAGACUAUUCGCAACGCAACCGCAUACAUAAGUUCGAGAAACGGAGAAUUGACCGUUGGACGGACUUUGGACCCAUCGAAAGUGACAAGUCAUCUUCGAAGACAAAGAAGGACGAAAAAUUGCAGAUCAUCGUUUAUCCUGUUGCGACAUCGAGAUGUUGUCGGAGGAACCCGACGAUGAAGGCGAGGAGCGUGAGCAGUUCGAGAAUCAGUACUACAAGCUCGUGGCGGCGGCGCGGAGACUACUCGGUGCUCGCCCUCACCAGUCUUCUCAACUUCCGGAUGAAUCCGUGGCGAGUUGCGGGGAUGGACGCUCAGGUGGUUUCAAAUCCAAUUGCGUUAGAUUGCCAAAAAUUAAUUUACCCUCUUUUCAUGGUCACUAUCAAAACUGGCUUGAGUUUAGGGACACUUAUUUGUCAUUGAUACAUUUAAGGUCAGACAUAGAUAACAUAAAUAAGCUGCACUAUCUGCGAGCUUCACUUAAAGGUAGUGCACUAUUAAUUAUUGAUAAUUUAGAUUUUAAAGCAGAAAAUUACGAGGCCGCUUGGAAUUUAUUGUGCAGUAGGUACGACAACAAAAGGUUACUCGUGAAUAAUCAUGUUCACGCAUUAUUUAAUGUUGAACACAUAAAACAUGAAUCAUGUUCAGCAAUACGCCAUCUUAUAGACGUAACUAAUAAAAAUUUACGUGCGUUGUCGACGUUGGAUCAACCAACUCAGUACUGGGACACGCUUAUCAUUCAUAUGAUGGCGGAGAAGUUAGAUAGUGUUACACAUAGGGAAUGGGAAGAACAUAGAAACACCUUAAAUAAUCCUCCAUCUUUAGAAAUUUUCAUAACUUUUCUUAGUAACAAAGCAGAUUUAUUGGAAACUUUACAAGAAAAUAAAAGUAAAACUAAAAUACACAACAAAAAUUCAUUAGAUACAAUAAAAAAUCAUUACAAUCAACCUACAUCUACAAAAUACACUCAAAAUACAUAUUUACAAUAUAAUACAAAUAAAAAACAUAACAAUACAUAUAAAAAAUCCUUAACUUGCCCAAUGUGUAAUCAGAAUCAUUUCUUAUUCAGUUGUGAAGCAUUUAGAUCUCUUUCAAUUGAAGAACGUAGACAGAAGGCUAAAGAUGCUAAGGUAUGUCUCAAUUGUCUACGACCAGGGCAUAUUGAAACAAGAUGUAACCUAGUUCCUUGUAAAUAUUGCAAGAAAAAGCAUAGCACGCUGCUUCACAUGCAUGAGGCAGAAACUACCGUUCAACCAUCUCUUCCAGUUAGCAAUUUAGAUAGUUUUUCUAGCUCAACAGAUGUUCUGGACACGACUACUCCUCCGAUUGUUUUGCUUUCCACAGCGCUCGUGAGGGUGGUGGACAGCAAGGGCAACGUGCACACAGCUCGGGUACUGCUCGAUAAUGGCAGUACAGCCAACUUCGUGUCAGAAUUCCUUUGCGGUAAGCUGGGUUUGUCACGACGUGCUACGAGCACCACAGUGACAGGUAUAAAUAAUAAUACUUCGCAUAGUUCACAAUCUUGCAGCCUUACUAUUAUUUCCAAUUAUGAUGAGAAAUAUAGACUUCCAGUGGACUGUCAUAUUUUACCUCACGUUACCAAAGUUUUACCGUCUUCUUUUAUUAACAUAGAUAAUAUUACCCUCCCAUCAGGAAUAAGUCUAGCUGACCCUUCAUUUAAUACUCCGUCAGCAGUAGACAUCUUACUUGGGGCCGAUAUAUUUUGGUCCGUCUUAUGCAAUAAUUCCAUUGAUUUGGGGAAAAAUCAACCCAAAUUAUAUGAAACGAAACUGGGUUGGCUGGUGUCAGGGUACGUUGCCCGCCAUAAGUCACACACUUCUCCUCUUGUUUGUAAUUUUUUGAGUGAAAAGGCCGAUCCAGACUUAGCUCGUUUCUGGGAAUUAGAUUCCGUAGCAACCACGCACGCCCUGUCUCCUGAGGAGCAGGCGUGUGAACAGAGUUUCAUAAAAAACACCUUUCGUAAGGACGACGGGCGCUUCGUCGUUGUUAUGCCGCUGAAGAAGGAUCCUUCAGUCCUGGGCGAUUCCUAUCAAAAGGCGAAGUGUCGGUUCUUGUCAUUAGAGCGUAAAUUUCAAAGAGACCCUGUCUUUAAAAAUAGAUACAUGGAGUUCAUGCAUGAAUAUGAACGUUUAGGUCAUAUGACUGAAAACAUGCCGUCUUCAUUUAGCCGUAGUGACAAUGUCAAUUUCUUCUUACCUCAUCAUGGCGUGGUCCGUGAGGAAAGCUCUACAACCAAGCUUCGUACAGUCUUCGAUGCAUCGGCCACUACUUCUUCAGGUUUGUCUUUAAAUGACAUACAAAUGGUCGGACCAACUGUACAAGAUGACCUAUAUUCCAUCUUGGUACGUUUUCGCCAACAUAAAUAUGUUGUUACUGGCGAUGUAGAAAAAAUGUAUAGAGCCAUAGAGCUCAAUCCAUCUCAACGGCAUUUACAGCAAAUUAUUUUUCGCUUUAAUCCCAACGAACCUCUUAAAACUUACACUCUCAAUACGGUGACUUAUGGCACGGCAUCUGCUCCAUACUUGGCCACUAAGUGUCUUGUGAGUUUAGCGUCUAAUGCUCUUGAUGAUGACGUCAAACAGUCAAUUCAGAGAGAUUUUUACGUGGAUGACUAUUUAGGAGGCUCUAAUUCUUUAAAUCAAACCAUUAGUAUGUGCAAGGGAGUCAUUUCAGUAUUAAAAUCAGCACAAUUUAACUUAAGAAAAUUUAAAUCCAAUAAUCAAACAAUUUUAGAUCAUAUUUCUCCCUCUUCAAAUAAUUCCAAUCAAAUUUUAGACCUUUCAGACAGUACUACAGUUAACACCUGUAAAACUUUAGGUCUCAAUUGGAUUUGUGAUUCUGAUAUCUUGUCGUUUUCAAUAAAUAUUAAGCAUCCCGCCAAAACCAUAACUAAAAGACACAUUCUUUCUGUCAUAAGUCAGAUCUUUGACCCGUUAGGUCUUGUGUCCCUGUGCGUGAUAGAAGCCAAAAUUCUCAUGCAAAAAUUGUGGAUAAAUAAAUAUCAAUGGGAUGAUGAAGUCUCUAAAGACAUAUUGGACUCAUGGAUCGUAUUUUCUGACACCUUACCUUGUCUAAAUCAGCUGAAAAUUCCACGUUGGGUUCUCAGUGAUAACUGUGAACGGUACGAAAUACACGUUUUCUCAGACGCGUCACAGAGCGCGUACGGCGCUUGUUUAUAUAUAAGGUCCGUGCAGCGUUCAGGGUCAGUAAAUGUAACACUUGUUACAUCUAAAUGUAAGGUAGCGCCCAUAAAGCCCAUGACGAUACCUCGUUUGGAGCUUUGCGGAGCUUUAUUGGCUGCAAGGUUGUGCACUAAGGUAUUAUCUUCUUUAACUCUCCAAGUUGACAAAUGUCACUUUUGGUGUGACUCUACCAUUGUGCUGGGGUGGCUAACAACAUCACCAUUGCAGCUAAAACAUUUCGUUCGCAACCGUGUUCACGAAAUUCAGGAGAGUACAGAGGGUCACUUGUGGAGCUACGUACCGUCGAAAGACAAUCCGGCGGAUCUGGUUUCCCGCGGGCUGAAGGCCGAUUCCAUCAGCAAUUCAUCAUUGUGGUGGUCUGGUCCCACUUUCUUGUUGAAAGAUGAAGUAUUGUGGCCAAAAAUGCCCAAUCAAAAAGAGAAACACGAUCUACCGGAGUUAAUUUCAUGUUCUGUCGUGUGUUGUAGUACUAAUGUAGAUCCUAUUUGUAAUUUAAUUAAGAACACAUCUAAUCUUAUUUAUUUACAAAAAACAAUAGCAUAUUUACAAAGAUUUAUUUAUAACUUUAGAAACAAAUCCAACAAACGAACCGGUCAUUUUUCAGUCACUGAACUUAAAACCUCAUUAUAUUUACUGUUGCACAAAGCUCAGUUGGAAAUGUUUCCUGAAGAAUAUGCUAUUCUCAAAGCCAAGAAAUCCUUACCAAAUAAGAAUAGACUUAUUUCCUUGUCUCCUUAUUUAGACUCAAACAACCUCAUACGCGUGGGUGGUAGGCUUGAUAACUCUCCGUAUAGUUUCGAUACUAAGCAUCCCAUCCUAUUAUGUAGCAAGCAUCAUUUUACCAAACUAAUCUUUCAUUAUUAUCAUUUAAAAUAUUUACAUGCUGGUCCCCAGCUCUUAUUAGCAAAUAUAAGACAAAGUUAUUGGCCUUUGGGCGGUAGAAUCCUUGCCAAGAACAUUGUGGCAAAAUGUGUUCGUUGUUGUAGAUACAAGGCGCAAUGUGCUCAACCUAUCAUGGGGCAAUUACCAUCUUCACGGUCUGAAUUAUUAUAUCCGUUUUUACAUUGCAGCGUUGAUUACGCAGGACCAGUGAUGAUAGCGGACAGGAAAGGCAGAGGUUGCAAGCUAAUUAAAGCUUAUUUGGCAAUCUUUGUCUGCAAUGCCACUAAAGCAUGUCAUGUCGAGCUCGUUACGGCUUUAUCCAGUGAAGCUUAUAUAGCCGCGCUCAAUCGCUUUGUUUCACGUCGUGGGAAACCACAAAGUAUCACGUCGGACAAUGGCACAAACUUUGUCGGAACAUCGAGUGAACUAUCAAAGGUUCUUGCCAGAUCUGACCUUGAAGGUCAAUUGGCUCUUGAGGGAAUUGAAUUUAAAUUCAUUCCUGCAUAUAGUCCCCAUUUCAACGGUUUAGCGGAGGCAGCCGUUCGUUCCAUAAAACACCAUUUAAAAAGGUUGUUACAUACCACUCAUUUUACCUAUGAGGAAAUGGCUACAUGCCUCGCUCAAAUAGAAGCUGUUUUAAACUCCCGUCCUCUUACUCCUCUUUCCUCAAAUCCUCUUGACUUUUCCGCACUGACACCUUCCCACUUCUUAAUUGGCCGACAACUUAAUGCUCUACCUCAUUCACAGGAUUCUGAUGUAGACAUUGGGAAGAUCAACCGCCUGGAACGCUUCAAGAGAAUCGAAUGCAUUCGUCGACAUUUCUGGGACCGUUUUUCCCUAGAAUACGUGGCUCUUCUUCAGCAAAAGUAAAAUGGCACUCGACAAAGACGGAGCUUAAGCUAGGCUCCCUCGUCUUGAUAAAGGAUAGAGCACUUCCUCCUUCAAUUUGGAGCCUAGGGCGAGUGACCAAAGUGUAUCCUGGCAGCGACGGCAUUUCCAGAGUCGCAGAGGUCCUAACGAAAAGGGGCACUGUCAGGAGGGCCUUUAAUAAUAUUUGUCCCCUUCCAGAGUCUUGAAGUCACUUCAACCCGGGGAGCAUGUUGGGAAUCAAACCCAACAUAGCCUCGGCAGCCGCGCUAGCGGCGCGGUGCCUAUCUCGGCUGAGUCAUCGUGGUGAGCGGCGCGGCGGAGCGCGGUGUGGCGAGGGGGGCGACGGAGCGAGAGGGGCGACGGAGCGAGAGGGGCAUAAAAGGUCUUGCGCAGCGAGAGGGGCAUAGAACAUCUUGCGCUCUCGGACUCCACCGGACGACGGUCGACACUCGUUAAUUUAAAUUCAUUUUGUUUGUCCGGGAUUAUCCAAACUUGUAAUUGGGAAGCGAAUAAACCGCGCCUAUCAACAGCA